AUGCGACAGCGUUGCACCAGAAUCCUGAGCGUUCAGAAGAAUCGUCGUGCAAUGUCUAUGGCCUCGAAGGCUCUCGUUGGACAAGGACGAUGUGGGCAAUCUUUAGAUCUCCUUACGAAGUCUAGAGAUCAAUAAAAUGGAUCGUCAAAUUGUCUUCGACAAUUGUCACCCGGCAGAGCGAAAAAAUGACGACUUUGCAGCUCUCCGGCGGCUAUCACCCGACGAAGAAAAGUUGAAUAGAAGUGUAGCGCGUUAGGGAGCCUCAUCCUUAAGCCUGUGCACCAAGAGGAGACUCUUCAUCACAUCCGAUACACUCUCAGGAGGUGGCGACUCGUCUCUCGGUAGAUCGUCCUCUUCUUGACGACGGUUUGUUCGUCGAUCAAUCAAAAAUGAUUUACUCGAUGAAUUUACAACCAUUUUAUCGUGAAUCGUUCAACAAUUUUAGUAACAAUACUCUGCGAAUUACAUUGACAAGAUUUUCACCAAUGAUCUAGCGAUUCUUACAACUUAAUCCUUCACCAGCAAUCUGUAGGAAAGUUACGAUAAUCAAAUAAAAAUAUGAGUUUUGGCUCUAGGAGGAUUCGAAUGCACACAGGUUGCCCCCUUGCAUGAAAGAGAUUAAAAUAACUACUCUAAUGCCCUUAUAAAGUGACGUCAUUAUGGCAUAUCUCUAUUAUAAAGAAGGGGUAUUUUAGGUAUUAAAAUCUUUGAACCCUUCGGGAUAAUGUGUGAUGUGGGUUUAGUCUCACAUCACUUGUGCGGCGAUGUUUCAGACGAAUAUAUAGUAAUAUUACAUUUGGAAGUAAUGAGUCUCUUUCUAUCGUGUAUACGACCACUCCUUACCCCACACCUAGCUGGCCAUCGGUGACAUGGAAGGGGAGUGGCGCACAUGUGGCCUCAUAGGUCCUAGCCGCUCAAGCCCCUACUCAUGGCUCCUCCCCGACUGCACUUCCGACCUACUUGUAAGCCCAGCUGACCGGCAGGUCCCUCCUAUUUUGCUAUAUUUUUAUUUUUAUUUCUUUUUCUUCAUUUGUCUCAAAAAUAAGACUAUAAAAAUCAUAAAAAUUCGUAGAAAAUCACAUAAUUAGCCAAAAUUUCACGUUAAUCAAUUGAAAACCACUUUUCCCACUUUAACAUAAAUAUAAGUCUAUUUAUCAUGAGUGAAGGCUAAAACUAUAUUAUUUACUAAUUAUUAAUUCAUGAUAAUGAAGACUUAUCACAUAUCCAUGGGGUUCUCUAUUGUAUGAACCUUCUUCACAUCAACUUUUUCCUACAUGAUAACAUCAUGAAUAAAGCGAUACUUGACAUCAAUAUGUUUGAUCCUCUUAUGGAAUAUUUGAUUCUUAGUUAAAUGUAUGGUGCUCUAACUAUCAUAGUACACCAAAGUCAUCUCUUAUAUAAGACCAAAAUAGUCAACUAAAUCUUGAAGUCAUAAAGUUUCUUUCACUACUUCUAUCAUUGCCACAUAUUCAGCUUUUGUUAUCGACAAAGCCACUGUAG